AUGUAUUUUUUUUUCCUUGAAAAGAAAAGAAAUAACUACAUCUGUAAUGCUAUACUAAUCAAUUUUGUUUCCUUUUCAGUGAGAAACACUACAAAAGGAAGAAGUUUCAUUGGUCAUAAAGUUGAAACUACAAAUAAUGCCUCUGAAAAAUCCUAUGUUGUGAAUGACUUUGCAACAGAAGUCCUCACAGGAAAUCUGACUACGGUUUUCCUUCCUAUAAUCUAUAUCGCUGUGUUCAUCAUUGGCUUACCGAGCAAUGCCAUGGCACUGUGGGUCUUCUUCUUCAGAACAAACAAGAAACACCCAGCUGUGAUUUAUAUGGCAAACCUGGCACUGGCAGAUCUUCUGUUUGUUAUCUGGUUCCCUCUGAAGAUCGCGUACCAUAUAAAUGGCAACAACUGGAUCUAUGGUGAAAGACUCUGCAAAGUACUCGUUGGAUUUUUUUAUGGAAAUAUGUACUGUUCCAUUCUUUUUAUGACAUGUCUCAGCGUACAGAGAUACUGGGUCAUAGUGAAUCCUAUACUGCGCUCUAGGAAGAAGUCUGAAUUUGCAUUGGGAAUUUCGGCUGCUAUAUGGAUCCUGGUUUUGCUGAGCACUGUUCCAUUGUAUGUUGUUGAUCAAACAGCAUAUAUUUCAAAUCUUAAUAUCACUACCUGUCAUGAUGUGCUGCCAGAGAAUGUUCUGGCUCAUGACAUGUUUAAUUAUUUCCUUUCUCUAGCAAUUGGAGUCUUCUUGUUCCCUGCCCUUCUCACUGCUGUUGCUUACAUACUGAUGAUUAAGACUCUGAAUGCUUCCAUCACUGAUGUAAAUGCAGGGAAGAAGCGAAAAAGAGCCAUCAAGCUCAUAAUUACAGUACUAUCAAUGUAUUUGAUCUGUUUUACACCUAGUAAUGUUCUUCUUGUAGUGCACUACUUUAUGAUCAAAACCCAUGGCCAGAGCAAUGUCUAUGCAGCAUAUAUAACAGCACUUUGUCUUUCUACUUUAAACAGUUGUAUUGAUCCAUUCAUCUACUACUUUAUUUCAAAAGACUUCAGGGAUAACCUUAAAAAUGCUCUUCUCUGCAGAAGUGUGCGAACUACAAAGAGGAUGCAAGUCUCUCUCUCAUCAAGUAGGUAUCCCAAGAAAUCCAGUUCUUACUCUUCCAGCUCCAACACCACUAAGACAACGUAUUGAGUCUUUCUAGUUCUAGAAGAGUGGAUGUUUUAUUAUGAGACUCUUGGGUAUAGCAAGAAAUGUUUUUGCAAGGGAGUCUGAAGAAACCAUUUGCUGUUUGAUUCACACUGAAGCCUGGAUUUCAGAACUGGCAACUAUUUGCACCUCUGUGGACCUUGAAGUAGGAAUAUUGCCAGGCUUGUGUCAAAUGGAAGAACCAGCAAAGUUUCAUCUACUGUAAAAACAAAACAAACUCCCACCUCCCACACAACCACUAGUCAGUGGUUAUAUAUGAAGAUGGCUUUUUUUCCCUUCUAAAAACCUGACUUUUUUUAAUAGUUUAACUGCGGAAUGUUGUUUGAUGCCUUUUUAUAACUUUUUAAAUAUUUAAUUCUUAGUUGUUUUAUUUUUAUUACUUUUUUAUUAUAUUAAAACAGUAGCAUUAUAGACACAGGAUAAGCAGUAUGCUUCCUUAGGGCCCCACCUCUCUAUAUGUAAUUCCAUUGAUUUUAAUGGGAAGUUAUUGGGAGGAAAUAGAUCCUGCCCUCCAAGACAUCCAUCCAUUUGUUAUUCUUGGUAGAACUUAAUCUUACAUUGUCUACAAAACCUUCCAGUUGUGUUGCAACUAUUGAAACUGUGGCAGCCUGAUAACAUGAUGCCAUUUGAGCUGAUAAUAGUUGGUUGUCAGCUGUGCUGAGAUAAUUCUAGGUAGUUUUUCUAUGGGAAUACACACUAGGGCACACGAUCACAUAAUGCAUGGCCAGUAUGCAGAAUCAAAUGGAUUCUGUGCUAUAUAACAACAGAAUUGUGCUGUUUUAUUUCUACACAACUUUCCUUGUAUUUUUAAAUACAUCUAAUUAAGACACUUUUUGUAACACCUUUUGUGUCUGAAGUUCUUUUCUGUGCUCCUACAUCAGUGGUUUGGUUUGUAAUGUGAAACAGCCCAAAGGUUUUAUUCCUAAACAUCAACUGGGUUUUGUAGUUGAACAUGUAAGCAAUUUGAAUCCAAAAUUUACACACCUUGGUAGUACAAAACUUUACCUGUGGGAGGCGAGGGUAAGUGUGAGGGACAGCAUGUUAAGAGUCAUGAGCAAAUAAAAGGAGCUAGAAAACAACCUAUUGCACACCCAACACAUUAGCUGGGGUGUAAGCUGGCUCCUUGCAGGGGAAGUUUACAUCCUACCCAUGCCUUCCUCCCCAAUUUAGAACUAAUUUAACUUGACUUGCAUGAUAUAAAUCGAUGAGUACACUUAGCCACUCUACCAGAUUUGCUAAUAUGAUUUAAAUGUCAUCCUUCUUUUCUGAAAAAAUGUUUGUAUACUGUUGUAACAUUAAAGUCUGAGAUGCA